AUGCAUCAACGCUCACCGGCCCCGCGCGCGUGUAUAGAUCAUACAGCCCGUCUGUGGAACCUCAACACACAUGUUUGUGUGUGCGUGUUUGGGGGUGAAAAAGGCCAUCGCGACGAAGUUCUCUCCUUGGACAUUCAUUGUACCGGUCGCCUUCUGGUCACUGGAGGCAUGGACCAAGCAGUAAAAGUUUGGAAGUUGGGGGAUGCGAUUGAUCAGAAACUCCGCGAAUCGGAUGUCUACAACGUCGAAACGGCCAGCCACGCAUUUCAACCAAGCUCACAAGACUUUCCCACCUUCUCGUCCCGUGGUGCACACCGCAAUUACAUUGAUUGUGUGCGAUGGCAUGGUGACUUGAUUCUUUCCAAGUCGACAGAGGACCGAAUCCUGUGCUGGCUGCGGGAGGGAGCCAUACGCUUGGACCUAGAUGAUAAACGCCGCGCCCUGGAAGGCGACCCUAUGACAGUGCUGCAGAGGCUGGAUGUGCCACGAUGCAAUGUGUGGUAUAUUCGCUUUGCCUAUGCGGCACAAGUACCGUUUGUGGGAAUUGGAAACACGACGGGUGAAAUUUUCCUUUACAAUUUAAACGACACGGAGCGAAGCUCGCCUAGGGCUACGCUUCGAUGUCGUGAUUCCAAGCAUCCCAUCCGCCAAAUUGACAUUGCCAGCGAUGGCAGAAAAAGACAGAGACAGAAAGACAGCCAAAAGCACAUAGGCACAAUCACAAACAGACACAGACAGACAGACAGACAGACAGACACAAAGACACAGACAGACAGACAGACAGACAGACACAAAGACACAGACAGACAGACAGACAGACAGACAGACAGACAGACAGACAGACAGACAGACAGACAGACAGACAGACAGACAGACAGACAGACAGACAGACAGACAGACAGACAGACAGCCUGA